GUUCCUUUUUUGCUCAUCAGCAUUCCAUCGUGCUGCGUCACCCGCUCCUCCCUGUCUUUUCUGACAUCACCCUCGCUUGAACAUUCCCUUAGAUCAAGCUUCGAUCUGGUGCUGCUCCUUAACUGUCUUUUCAAGCUCAAGUCUUCAUUGAGAUGCAUUUCAACAGCCUGGCCUUGGCCUCUCUGGCUUUGGUUCCCUCGCUCAUAGAAGCCCAUGGUGAUAUCCCAGGAGCUCCCAAAGUUUUUGGAAGCAGAGCUGCUCUGAGCGGGGCCAGAAGAGCACGUUCUGUGGCAAGCAGUCGUCAACCAGUUGCCCCUGCUGUUCUUGACACGCGUCAAGCUUCCACCAACACUGAAGGCCAGUGUGGACAGGGUUUUGGUUCUUGCGCCGAUGGUUAUUGCUGUUCAGAAGCUGGUUGGUGUGGAAGAGGGAGUGAAUAUUGCGCUGCACCAGGUUGUCAAUUCAACUUCGGUCCAGCAUGCGAUGACAACACCAUCCCAUCAGGUAGCAGCACUUCCACUGUUGCAAGAACCAAACUCGGUGACGUUCUGUAUGGCGGAGCUGGAAUCUACGAUUGUACAGUAGUUGGAACCAUUGCCAUCACCUACGACGACGGUCCAUUCAUUUAUACAGAACAUAUCCUGGACGUGCUGAAGCAGUACAAUGCCAAAGCCACCUUCUUCAUUACCGGAAACAACAAUGGCAAGGGAGAGAUUGACAAUGCUGCUUACCCUUGGGCUGCCACGAUCAAGCGAGCAUACGCUGAAGGACAUCAGAUCGCAUCUCAUACUUGGACGCAUCCUCAUCUAUCGAACAUUACAAGCGCACAGAGAAAGCAGAACAUGUACAGCAAUGAGAUGGCACUACGCAACAUCUUAGGAUUCUUCCCUACUUAUAUGAGACCUCCUUACUCCGACUGCACUGCGGAGUCUGGAUGCCAGCAAGACAUGGCUGAUCUUGGUUACCAUGUCACCUACUUCGACGUUGAUACCGAUGACUACAACAACGACUCUCCUGCACUCGUUCAGAACGCAAAAAACAACUUUGAUGCUGGAAUUGCUGGAGGCCAGCCUGCAACAGACGACUACCUUGUCAUUGGCCAUGACAUUCACAACCAGACUGCCAAUGUCUUGACAGCCUAUAUGCUCGAAAAGAUUCUGGCUCUUGGCUACAAAGCCGUUACUGUCGGCGAGUGUCUUGGUGACCCAGAAGAAAACUGGUAUCGCUCUUCGUCCGGAAAUGUUUUCACUUCUGCUACCUCUGCUGUGACCUCAGCGACCAAGACAUCUGCGACUAUCGCACCAACCGCAACAUCGAACGAUGGCACUUGCGGCGGUGGUUCUGGCUUCAUGUGUACUGGGUCUGAGUUUGGAGACUGCUGUUCUCAGGCUGGGUGGUGUGGCUCUGGAACUCUCUACUGCGGUGAGGGUUGUCAAGCUGGCUUUGGACAAUGUGGUAUCAAUGUUCCUCAAAGCAGUAGCACUACCUCGACCGCUCCUGCCGCUACAGCAACAGGUGUCUCGACAGACGCAACAUGUGGUGGCACGAGUGGUAUGACCUGCCAGAACUCAGUCUUCGGCAAUUGCUGCUCGCCAGCAGGAUGGUGCGGCAGUACCGCUGCAUACUGUGGCGACGGCUGUCAAUCAGGCUUUGGCUCUUGCGGCGACGCUGGUGCAGCAGCAGGAGGUGCUGUUCGAGUAACCACCGACGCUACUGUGCAGUCGACGCUUGCUACAUCUGCUACUAGCAAGGCUGCCACUACCACCACUGCUAAGCCGACUCAAACGACGACUGCUACCAAAGCAACCGCUACCAACAAGUCAAGAUUCCAAACGUGGCUCGAUGGCUUGGUUAGUAAGCUGAGAUCCGGACAUCACUGAUCCUGACCAUGGUGGUAGAUAUCAAAGAGUUUCCCAAAGUCUGGAAGCGAGAUGUAAUGAUGUUGAAGUAAUGAUGUUGAAGUAAUGAUGUUGAAGUAAUGAUGUUGAAGUAAUGAUGUUGAAGUAAUGAUGUUGAAGUAAUGAUGUUGGAAAGUAGAGCACAGUCGAUGUUUGUUUAGACUGUAUAGAGUUUGAGAGGAAGACGUCAAAAGCAUUUAUUCACGAG